CUUCGUUAUUCGCUGGCAACUUGCACCCGCCCAAACAUAUCCACGUCCCUCCCUCCUCCUCGCCCUCCUUCCCCAUCGUUCUCUCUCUCUGGUACGACAUCAUCGUCGAUUAAUUGUCACUCUCCUAAAACACCACUCCUGCCUCUUCCGCUCUCCUCUCUUCUUUUCUCGUCGUCUCUUUCUCCCCUCUCUCUUUAAACCCAAAAAAAGGAGAACACAAAAGCUACAGACAAGAUGCACUCCGUCCUCCGAACUUCCCUCAAGACCGCCGCCCGUGGUGUCGCCGUCACCUCGGCCCGAACUGCCGUUGCCCGUGGUGCCGCCGUCGCCGCUACCAGGUCUUAUGCUACCGCCAAGCCUGCCGCCUCUGAGGUCUCUUCCAUCCUCGAGGGCAGGAUCUCCGGUGCCUCCACCGGUGGUGAGCUCGAGGAGACUGGUCGUGUCUUGACCAUCGGAGACGGUAUCGCCCGUGUCUACGGUUUGAGGAACGUUCAGGCCGAGGAGAUGGUUGAAUUCGCCUCGGGUGUUCAGGGUAUGGCCUUGAACUUGGAGGCCGACAACGUCGGUGUCACCAUCUUCGGUUCCGACAGGGCCAUCAAGGAGGGUGACUCGGUCAAGCGAACCGGUACCAUUGUCGACGUUCCCGUCGGUAUGGAGCUCUUGGGUCGUGUCGUCGACGCGCUCGGUAACCCCAUCGACGGAAAGGGUCCCAUCAACUCUACCGAGAGGCGACGAGCCCAGUCCAAGGCUCCCGGUAUCUUGCCCCGACGAUCCGUCCACGAGCCCAUGUUGACCGGUCUCAAGUCGGUCGACUCGAUGGUUCCCAUCGGUCGAGGUCAGCGAGAGUUGAUCAUCGGUGACCGACAGACCGGAAAGACCGCCGUCGCCCUCGACACCAUCCUCAACCAGAAGAGGUUCAACAACUCGUCGGACGAGAAGAAGAAGUUGUACUGUGUCUACGUCGCUGUCGGACAGAAGAGGUCCACCGUCGCCCAGCUCGUCCAGACCUUGGAGGAGAACGACGCCAUGAAGUACUCGAUCGUCGUCGCCGCUACCGCUUCCGACCCCGCUCCUCUGCAAUACUUGGCUCCUUUCUCGGGUGCCGCCAUGGGAGAGUACUUCCGAGACAACGGAAAGCACGCCUUGAUCAUCUUCGACGACUUGUCCAAGCAGGCCGUCGCUUACCGACAGAUGUCCUUGUUGUUGCGACGACCUCCCGGUCGUGAGGCUUACCCCGGUGACGUCUUCUACUUGCACUCUCGAUUGCUCGAGCGUGCCGCCAAGAUGAACGAGAGCCUCGGAGCCGGUUCCUUGACCGCCCUUCCCGUCAUUGAGACCCAGGGAGGAGAUGUCUCGGCCUACAUUCCCACCAACGUUAUUUCCAUUACCGACGGACAGAUCUUCUUGGAGUCCGAGCUCUUCUUCAAGGGUGUCCGACCUGCCAUCAACGUCGGUCUUUCCGUCUCCCGAGUCGGUUCCGCCGCCCAGACCAAGGUCAUGAAGGCCGUCGCCGGUUCCUUGAAGUUGUACUUGGCCCAGUACCGAGAGGUCGCCGCUUUCGCUUCGUUCGGUUCCGACUUGGACCAGGCCACCAGGUACUUGUUGGCCCGAGGACAGCGACUCACCGAGUUGUUGAAGCAGCGUCAAUACUCUCCCAUCGCCACUGAGGUCCAGGUUCCUCUCAUCAUGGCCGGUGUCCAGGGUCUCUUGGACAAGAUCCCCGUCGAGAGGAUCGUCGAGUGGGACGCCAAGUUCCAGGCUCACUUGCAGGCCAACGAGCAGGACUUGCUCAACGAGAUCUCCCAGGGAGUGAUGACCAAGGAGCUCGAGCCCAAGAUCAAAUCCACCAUCGAGAAGUUCAACGAGAGCUUCUUGUCUGCUUAAAACUGUUAGCGACACAAUGGAGGAAACCUUGCGUGUAGUUAGAUGAAAAUGAUGCGAUGAAUUUGAAAAUCGAUAUUGAGAGUGAUGGU